AUGAUUCAGUCGGGCGAGCUCAAGGACCAGGACAUCAUGCUGCUCAAGAGACACCAGCAGAUGAUCAAACAACAGCAGGCCCAAUUGCAUGCGUCGCGGUCGGGCCAGCAAUUGACGCCGCAGCAGCAGCAGCAGCUUUUGCAGAAGAAGAUGUUGCAGCAGCAGCAACAGCAACAACAACAACAGCAACAACAACAACAACAACCCCAAAGAAACUUCCUCGGGCUGUCUCAGGAACAGCUCGCGAAAUUGAACCCGCAACAACGCAAGAUGCUGAUGAUCCAGCAGCUGCGAAGAAGAGCGAAAACACAACGGUUCUACGAGAGCAGCGAGGAAAUACUGAAAAAAUUCGAAAACUAUCCGGCCUCGCUCGAGUUCCACAUCCACGGGAACCACUACCGGUUCGGCAACCAGGACGCGAUCAUCCCGAAGAGCUCGCCCACCGUGAAGGAGUUUCUCGAGUACGUGGCAAAGGGCGAGAUUCCCGAGGCGUUGAUGGAGAUCAUCAAGGACGGAGGCGUCCAGCUGUACGACGGAAGUCUGAUUCUGAAAGUGUUUGACCAUCGCAACUUAAUUCCGGUCAAGGACGAGAAACCGGCCACGGCCGACCCGAAAGUGAAGCAGGAGACGCCCGAGACAAAAACCAAGCCCAAGGAGUAUCGCACGGUGCUGCGGCUGACGCAGCUGGCCCAGUUCGACGACCUGGCCUACCACGCGGACAGCCAGCAAUUCCACGACACGUUUGCUCUCACGUUCGAGAGCGAGGUGCUCACGGCCACCAACAGGAACGUGAACCUGCAGCCCGUGCUGAACCCGUACCAUAUGGACAAGUCGUUGCGGCCGUUCGACCUGGUGGAGCCGCAGUACGACCCGGAGUCGGACACUCUCAAGUUUGUGCACCGCCCAGAUGCGAGAGAGUACGACUCGGACGAGCAUCCAACGAAACUGAACCCGCUCUCGUACAAGAACUACCCGUACAAACCUCUACACGAGGACCUGCCGCACACAAACUCCAAGUACGAGCAACUAAUGACGAUUCUGAGCGAGUCGUACACCCACAACAACCGGCUGUCCGAGUCGGCCAAGACCAACAACAACGAGCCGGGCCAGUUCCAGCGGCUGCGGUUUGUGGAGAUGUGGCGGCACAAGGUGGAGCUGAUCAAGCAGGCGGCCAUUUCCGGGGGCAUGAACCAGAACAUGAACGACCCGAGCAUGAACGGGCUGCUGGGCGGGAUGACCCAGCAGCAGCGUGCGCUGAUCAACCAGGAGCGCAUGCUGAACCAGCAGCAGAAAGAACAGAUGGCCUCUGCGGUGGCUGCGGCGGGCCACACGCAGCUGAAAACGGCGCCAGACUCGCGGUCCGGGUCUACGCCGAUGUCGAUGGGCAACACCGCGUUCAUGAGCCCGGCCUCGCUGCCAGAGACAGACACCACGCCUGGUCGCGACCGGAAACAGAAAAAAGUCCGCAAACCGGUCUCGAAACGGCCUGCUCCAGGGUCUGCCCCUGUCUCGUCACCCAGCCCGUCCAUGUACCAGCAGCCCAUGCCGGGCGCGUUCCCGCAGCUCAACGAGUCUGCACGCAAAAAACGCGCCACCUACAAGCGUCGGCCCGAUAGCGACACCCUCUAA